AUGGAUUAUGGUGGUGUAGAGAGAAUCUCUCUAACUGAAGAGUGUAGUCCCAUAUUGAAAAAUAAGUGUCCACCCAAACUUAAGGACCCGAGUAGUUUUUCCAUCCCCUGUCAUGUAGGUGCAUUGUUCAUUGAUAAAGCAUUAUGUGAUUUAGGUGUAAGUGUGUCUGCCAUGCCCCUUUCUUUCUGUAAUAGGUUGAAUAUUGGAAAAUUAAAAUGCACAAAAAUCACUUUGCAAAUGGAAGAUCGUUCUAUAAGGUACCCUUUGGGUAUUUUGGAGGAUGUUCAUGUCCUGGUGGGGAAAUUCUACAUUCCUGUUGAUUUUGUGGUUCUAGAUAUGGAGGAGGAUAGUCAAAUCCCCAUAAUUUUGGGUAGGCCAUUUUUUUAUAUUGCAAGUGCUGUCAUUGAUGUCAAGUCUGGAUCUCUUACUUUGAGUGUUGGUGAUGAUACUGUUACUUUUAAUCUAACCAAUGUUGUGAAGUCUCCUAUGCUUGAGAAUACUUGUUGCAGGAUUGAUGUUGUAAAAGAGAUUUCUCUAGACAACAUCCCUAGAAUGUUGUAUGAUGAUCCAUUGUUGGCGGUUCUUACUUUGGAAGCCCCAAAAGGAGAAGGAGAUAGCGAGAUUGAUUCCUUGAUCUUGGAUUCAGAUGGAAUUAAAGCUGAGAAGGUUAAUGGUUUUGAGGUAUUCGAAACUGUUUGCUCUACUUCCGAGCCACAUGUAACAAAGGUAGAACUAAAAACAUUACCAUCUCAUCUUAAAUAUGCAUUUCUUGAUGAUAAUGAGUAA